CCUUGAAAAACAAGUGCCCAUGAGUUCAGAAGAGCCUGGACGAGUGUUCGCGCGAGAAAUGUUGUUUUGAACUGACUGUAGUGACGAGAUGGAGGCACCCCUCGAAGGGAGACUACUCCUUGUUGGAGAGGGAGAUUUCUCCCUAGCUGUGGCGCUGGUGUCAAAAUGUGGUUUCCAUGGAGAUCAGGUGUUGGCAACAAGUCUGGAAACGGAAGAGUCCAUCGAGAAACAUCACCUGGCUUCAAGGAACAUACAGAUUCUUCGGGAUAGAGGUGUGCGUGUUUGUUUUGACGUGGAUGCCACUGAGUUGCAGACAUGUGCAGCGCUGCAGGUGAUGGAGGAUGCCCGCUUCACACGCAUCAUCUUCAACUUCCCUCACGCGGGGGGCAAGUCCAACCACAAGAAGAAUAGAACCCUCCUCAAUAACUUCUUCUCCAGUGCUGUGAAAGUGUUGACUCCGGGCGGUCAAGUCAUGGUGACCUUGUGUAGAGGUCAAGGUGGGACCCCUGCUGAUCAACCAAUGAGGGCGUGGCAUGACAGCUGGCAGGUGGUUUCCAUGGCAGCCAAUGCAAGCCUCAUUCUCACUCAAGUUGUACCAUUCUCUGCGGAGGAAUUCCAGGAAUACAACUCUGUCGGCUUCAGGAGCCUGGACAAAGGUUUCCACACGGAAGGAGCUCUGACCCACGUGUUUGAGGUUGCGGAGUCGGUGGCUGUCCCCGACGGUGUGCAGGACACGGGGGAGCUGGUCUGGGGGGAGAGGACGUACACCUGCCCCAGAUACCUGGAACACAAGCUCAACAGGACGUUGUUGUACAGCCUCCACCACCCUCUCCAUCAGCUUCGCGCUGUUCUCGAGGAGUUGAUGUCGGCGGAGCUCGGGAGCCAGGCACACCACCUGGACACUCCAUCUGUGGUCAAGGAGGGGUCUGGACCUCGACUGGUCAACCAGGGGGACGCACAGACUCAUGCGGCAGUGUACGACUUCUUCCCCCCGCCGUACUCUUUACGGGAAAGUUUCCAGUGUCCAAGUGAUUCAGCCAAGGAGGAUGGAAUCGUCGAAGAAAAGGAGCAGGAUGAAUCGGAAAGGUUUACGAAUGAUUUGACACCUGUUGGUGACAACCUCUCUGGUCAAUUUCAUCUUAGAUCAGGUGUGAUUGAAGAGCUACCUCCCAUUGUGUCGCUCAUGGCAACUAGUGGUGUCGCGUGUCACAUGGUGUCAUGUGACAUGUAUGGUCAGCGUGUGAUUGGUCAGAAGACCAGUUGUGUUGGUCACCAGAUGAUGGUUGUCAGUCGUGAUGGGAAUCCUGAUGAACAAGUUUGGGCUAUCAGUCGGGUUGUCCAGAAGGCUACAGGUUUGUAUUCUGACAUUACAUCUGUUGAUGAUGAGAAUAUCGCAGUGAGCACUGAUUUCGGGGAACUGAGAGUAUCUCAUGAAAUUCAGGUGGUGUCGGAUCAAAAGAACACAGGGGAUGUUUGUGGUUGUGUGUUAAACUGGACCUGUCCUGACGAUAAGAUGAAACUGAUUCUUGUUGUCCUAGACUUGAACAAAAUUGUCAUGAAAGUCCAUGAAAUUCCUGUACUGUCUCUUCUGUGGUCGACGGAUCCACGUUUCAAGAACCAGUUUGCAGACAACACAGGAACCAUGGUCAAAUACAAGCCCUUCAGUCUCUACUCGAUGAAAUUCUUCCAUGAUUUAAGUUUCUGGGAGAACCCGACAAGACAGUUCGAGGAGCAGACGUUACACGACAUUGUGCGUGAAGUGGCUCGGGAUGUGGUGACCGAUGUUAGGAUGAUUGACAGCUACCGUGAUUCUGAAACUGACAGACAAAGUCGCUGUUACCGUAUGACGUUUCAGUCACAUGACCAGGCUCUGUCUUACAUCACUUCCUGGAAGCUACAGAGCAUGCUCAGACUGGAGGUUGCAAACAAGAUGGGAAUAAUUCUGAGGUAGUG